CUGUGACCGAGCAAACAAGUCUUUGCUUUUCCCUUACAGGUUUCUUCAGGAGCGCUUAGUCUAAAACUUUGCAGAGAUGCAGGGAACCGAAGCCGACGGUCCCAAAAUGGCAGAUGUGGCAGAGCCUCAGGCAGUGCCCGCUGCCAGCAAGAGCCCGAAGAAAGCAGAAGGAUACUCGAUCUUUAGCUGGAUCAUAGUCCUGGCUAUGCUGGGUGCCUGGAUGUCUGUGGGAGUUGUCUGGUUUGAUAUAGUUGAUUACAACAGUGUUGCAGGCACACUUGGAGGAGUUUAUGAUGCUGAUGGCGAUGGAGACUUUGAUGUGGAAGAUGCCAAAGUUUUGAUGGGGCUUAAAGCGAGAACCGUCUCCGAAUCAAAGGAGGAACGCAGCCAAAGAUCAGGUAGGUACAAAGAUACAUCAGGUGAACAAAAGGCAGAAGAGCCCUACAGAGAGAAUGAAAGUAAAGCAGUAGAAGAUGAUGCACCAGGAUCUGCUCCUCUUCAUUCUUUUUAUGAAGACAAAGCAGCUGCACCAUCAUCUUUUCAAUCUUUUGACUCACUGGAAACCAUUGACAGCUCUGGAGAACUAGUUGAAGAGGCUUUACCUGAAAGAACUUUAGAGCUGUCAGAAACAGAACGAUACCCUGAGUCUGAGCCAAUGCCACUAGAAGAAAAAAUUGCAACGAUGCUGGGCGAGGAGAGUCGAGAAUCUAACCCAGAAGAUCGACCUGAAAGUACAGCUAUGCCAGAGACACUUAAUCCUGAACCCACAGCAGAAUCUGCAGCUAAGGAGAAGUCUGUACCAGACACUGAAACACUUCAGUCUGAACCAGUGACUGAAACACCUGAACCAGAAUCUCUACCAGAGAUUACAGCUGAAUCAGAGGGUAAGAAGAAAAAGCCUAAACUGUUUAAUAAAUUUGACAAGACAAUCAAAUCAGAAAUUAAUGCAGCUGAAAAACUGCGUAAAAAGGGUAAAGUCGAAGAAGCCCUGCGUGCCUUUGAAACUCUUGUCCAGAAAUAUCCUCAGAGUCCCAGGAGUCGAUAUGGCAAAGCUCAGACAGAGGAUGAUAUGGCUGAGAAACUACGCAGUAAUGAGAUGCUGCUAAAGGCUGUUAACACUUACAAUGAGGCGGCUGAUCUUCCGGAUGCCCCUGCAGAUCUUAUAAAAGCCACAUUAAAAAGACGUGCUGAUAGACAGCAAUUCUUAGGUCGCACAAAGGGCUUUUUAGCUACCAUGGAAAAGCUUGUCCAGAUUUUCCCAGAGGACAUCACUUUAAAAAACGAUCUGGGAGUGGCUCAUCUGCUGAUCGGUAAUAACAAAGGGGCAAAACGAGUUUAUGAGGAGGUGUUGAGUAUUGCUCCAAAUGAUGGGUUUGCCAAAGUGCAUUAUGGAUUUAUUCUUAAAUCUGAAAAUAAGAUUGCAGAAAGCAUUCCUUACCUUAAGGAGGGUUUGGAGUCUGAAGCACCAGGAACUAAUGAUGGAAGAUUUUAUUUUCAUUUGGGAGAUGCGCUGCAGAGAGUGGGAGAGCCAGCUCAAGCUCAUGAAUGGUAUGAGACUGGCUACCGGAACGGCCACUUUGCCUCCGUGUGGCAGCGCUCACUGUAUAAUGUGGCAGGACUGAAAGCCCAACCCUGGUGGACAGCCAAAGAAACUGGAUACACUGACCUUGUCCGGAUGCUGGAGCGGAACUGGAUGACUUUCAGAGAUGAAGCAUUAGCAGUGAUGGAUGCUGGCAGUGGACUCUUCGUGCCAGAGGAUGAAAAUCUUAGAGAGACAGGAGACUGGGGCCAGUUUACACUCUGGCAACAGGGACGCAAAGUUGGUUCUGCCUGUCAGAGCGUUCCUAAAACAUGUGCUUUAAUGGAACGGUUUAAAGACUCCACCAGCUGCAAGAGAGGCCAGAUUAAGUUCUCAGUGAUGCAGCCUGGUACACAUGUGUGGCCUCACACUGGACCCACUAAUUGCCGUCUGCGCAUGCAUCUGGGUCUGGUAAUUCCUACUAAAGGCUGCAAGAUUCGCUGCACCAAUGAAACCCGGGAGUGGAAAGAGGGGAAAGUAUUGAUAUUUGACGACUCGUUCGAGCAUGAGGUCUGGCAGGAAGCGGAAAGCUACAGGCUUAUCUUCAUCAUAGACGUUUGGCAUCCAGAACUAAGCCAAUCACAAAGACAGGCACUGUCCCCCAUAUGAAGCUUUCAGCCAGCCACAAAGACUCAGAGAACAUUUAGCCAAUCUGAACAACCUGCGCUGAGAACUCGGCCAAUCACAGUGGGCUAGCCUCUGCCUGAUCUCUGGUACAGAAGAAAAUGUCACAUAAAUGUAUGUGAAAAUAAGGUAAUUUAAUACUAAUUUAUGAAGAAUGACAAUACCGGACCUUGUCCAGCUGUUUUCUGGGGUUUUAAGAUGACUGGAUGAAAUGAAAGAUGAUUGCAGAUGUUUGGUUUGGCUAAGGGUUUAAAAUACGUUAAUAUAUGAUGGCAUAAUAUUCCACACAUGCCCAUAUAAAGUGAAUGAGAUUAUUGAAAUGGACCAAUGUGAAGCUUUAGAAAUGUAGGAUAUUGCACACCACUAAAGCUGCAGUCACUGUGUUUAUAUUUACUUGAAAACUUUGUUAUCUAUGUUAAGAAUUUUGAAACAGUAUUUUUAAAUGUUCAGAAAUUAUCAUUUAAUAUUGCACUUCAUGCAUCACGUUUGUAUAUAUAAUCCAGCGUGCACAUUAUAUAGUAUGUGAGUUACUGAUAUACAGAAUUUUGCAUUCAAAUAACUGCCUUAAAUGGUUUGAAAGAUGAAAAGUUUUGAAAAUGUGGUCUAAUUGUCCUCCAAGUCACAAAUAUUGUAGUUCUGUGUAAACUAAUAACACACAGGCAAAAAUUAUAGCCAGGUCUUAAUUAACAACACGUUAAUUCAAUAUCCUUCACAGUCCAGCUUGGAAAAGGCGUGGAAACCCUUGUAUUCACUAACUGGCAGCUGCUGAUAAAACUUGUACAACACCUAGUAUGUAUACACACACACACACACACACACACACGCUAGGUGUUGUAUAAGUACGAGGGUUCUUCAAAAAUUUUCCACACUUUUUUAAACUCAAUUUAUUAAGAAAUUUAAAAAUAAAUGACAUCACUUUUCUACAUAGUCACCUUCUAAUGUAUUUUUCCCAGCUUCAUACCAACUUUUUAAUGCUAUCAGCAACAAAUGUUUUUGGUUGAGAGCGUAGCCACUGAUGUGCCACUGCAUCAUAAUCACAUGAAAAUAUGAUUCGAUAUGAUAUGAAAUAUGAUCUUCUUCCCCUUUAAGCUUCUUUAAGCGUCCAGUGUCUCUCAGAUACGACCAAUUACUACUCCUCCCACUCUCACCAUUUUCAAUGAUAAUAUAGAAGUGUGGAAACUUUUUGAAGAUCCCUCAUGUGUGUAUGUACAGUACGUAUAUGUAUGUAAGAAAUUUGGGAGAAAAAAAAAAAUAUAUAUAUAUAUAUAUUCCCCAAUUUCUUUCCCCAAUCUAGUCAUAUACAAUUACCUUAUUGCAUUUUGCUGCCACUACUGCUGCGGGCCUCCACUUCUAACCCAGGAGGGCCGUAACAAACACAUCCCCCUUCUAACAAUGAACUUUUACAAUGAACGACCUCUUCUUUUCACCAUCACCAGUCGUGUUCAUAUGGAGAUCUGUAUCGCACAUUGAGUCAUGCACUGAUCUCCAUUAUCCCUCGACUCUGUUCAGGCGCCAUCAUUCAGCCAGCAGAGGUCGUAAUUGCAGCAAUUAUGAGAAAUCUCCAGCCUGCUGCUAGCACAGCUGAGAUUCGAACUUGCAAGCUGGAGAUGUCAGCUCUGGUGUGCUAACAUGUUUUACCACUGCGCCACCAUUCUGGGUUGAUUUUUCUUUAUUAACAUUAACAGCCCUCUUCAGGUUAGAGUAUCUCAAUUGAGUUUAGAUCUGAACACUGACUUGGCCAUACUUAAACCCAAAUUUUGGGUUAUUGUUGCAGAAAACUUUAGGCUAUGAAACACUACCCUGAUGUUUGGCUGCAGCAACUUAUCUUAUUUGCAGCAAAUAUCGUAAACGAUUACAAGCUUUCCAGACCUGGGGCUGAAGCAGCAAAACUGCCUCAAACCAUGGAACUCCUCACACCAUGCUUCAGUUAGGAUGUGGUUUAGGUUUUGGUGUGCACUGCCUUUUUGUUCCUUAUAUAUUUCUGUCAAAAACACUCACCUCAUCUAUUUACAAAACAUUCUCUCAAACUGUAAAAGGUCCAGGUUGCCUUUUGGACAUAUUUUUACUACCAGCAUUUUUGUUCAUUGUUUUUUCUUAUGGUUGACUUAUGGUUCAAGAGAUUUCUUUAGAACUUUUGUUAACUGCUGGGAUGUCUUUAAUCUUCAUCAGCAAUGCAUAUUGUGCUCUUGGUAUGACCUUUGCAGGAUACCCACUUAUACAGAGAAUAGUAACAGUACUGAAUUUCCAUUAUUAUAGACAACUUGUUUUGUUGUGGAUGAUUGACACCUACGUCUAAAGGUUCGUUUGGCUCUUUUUUUUUGAAUAUUUGAACGGUUCUUUUAUUUGUUUUGAUUGAGAUUUUUUUAUGUCGACACUUUUUUCCUCAUAAAAGGCAGGCAAGUUACUUUUACAACCCACAUCUGGGUUGGUAUCACAUCUCAUAUAUGGUCUUAUUGUUUGAAAGUCUUAUUGUUUGACCUAACUUGCAGAAAAGUCAUUCCACUCAAUGCAUUUACAUUUUCGGCAUUUAGCAGACGCCUUUAUCCAAAGCGACUUAAAGUAGUGUGACGGUAUACAGUCUGAGCAAUUGAGGGUUAAGGGCCUUGCACAGCAACCUGGCAGUGGUGGGUCUUAAACCAGCGACCUUCUGAUUACUAGUCCAGUACCUUAAGCCUAGGCUACAAUGCCUCACACAAGUUUCAGCUCAGACUGCAAAUCCCACACUGUGUUUAAUAGACAUACACCCA